AUGGCUAGCUUCAUGUCCAGCUUCUUCCCUGGAGGGAAAGACAGGAGUGCUGGCGACUCUAACCUCCCCCGACCCGCCACGCCCAAGUCUGACAACUUCAUCAAUCCUCCCAGCACCCCCCAAGGCAGUCCCAGCAAGAAGACGAACCCUCCUGGUGCCAACGACCUCCCCGCCGCAUUCGACCAUGCAAUGACCCUCACCCCCGGCCUCGAGCCUCCCCUGAGACUGGGCCGUCCCCAGAGUGUUGUGACCCCGCUAUCGCUAUCGCCUGGCAAGAGUAGCAACGCACAGCCUCUUGACGAGUCCAGCGCCAAUGUUGAUGACAGUGUCAUCCACAAGUCCAGGUCGGGAAGCCCACUCAAGAAGCAGGGCCAGGAAAACACCCCGCCCGCGUCCCGCCUAGCUGGCACCGACUCUCCUCAUCAGCACAACCAUGCCGCCCUCUCUCGCCAGCAGCUCUACGAGCACAGGGACCACAGGGACCGGCCUACCACGCCUGGGACCAAGAGGUUUAACACGGCUCGGGGCCUGACAGCUGAGGAGCGUGAGAUUCUCCAGAAGCCCAACGUGAAACGCAUGGUCAACGUUACGCAGCUUUACUUCCUCGACUAUUACUUCGAUCUUCUUACAUAUGUCGGAGCCAGACAGAACCGAUUGGCCGCCUUUAAGAGCGAAUACCCCCCACCCCCAGAAACCGAUGAGGAGACACACAGCAAGAUGUGGACAAAGUACACAGGACGAGAGCGAGCAAACCUUCGCAAGCGACGAGUUCGACUCCGACACGGCGAUUUUCAGAUCCUGACCCAGGUUGGCCAAGGUGGCUACGGCCAAGUCUUCCUGGCCCAGAAGAAGGACACCCGAGAAGUAUGCGCGCUCAAGGUCAUGAGCAAGAAGCUUCUUUUCAAGCUUGACGAGGUUCGCCACGUUCUGACCGAGCGAGACAUUCUCACCACUGCGCAGAGCGAGUGGCUCGUCAGGCUUCUCUACUCUUUCCAGGAUGAAAAGAGUAUCUAUCUUGCCAUGGAGUAUGUGCCUGGCGGAGACUUCCGCACUCUGCUUAACAACACUGGUGUGUUGUCAAACCGUCACGCCCGAUUCUACAUUGCCGAGAUGUUUUGUGCUGUCGACGCUCUUCAUCAGCUUGGCUACAUCCACCGAGAUCUCAAGCCCGAGAACUUCCUCGUGGACUCUACUGGUCAUGUCAAGUUGACAGAUUUCGGUCUGGCUGCUGGUGUCCUGGCACCUUCUCGGAUUGAGUCAAUGCGCAUCAAGCUCGAGAAAGCGUCCGAGACGGCAGUCCCUUUCGGAAAGCCCAUGGAUCAGCGAACCGUGGCUGAACGCCGAGAGAGCUAUCGGACGAUGCGCGAGAACGACGUCAACUAUGCCAAAUCCAUUGUGGGAUCACCCGACUACAUGGCCCCGGAGGUCCUUAGAGGGGAGGAAUACGACUUCACGGUGGAUUACUGGAGCUUGGGGUGCAUGCUGUUUGAGGCCCUGACUGGCUUCCCUCCCUUUGCGGGUGCCACUCCUGACGAGACAUGGCGUAAUCUGAAGCACUGGAAGGAGGUACUGAAGAGACCCGUGUGGGAGGACCCUAACUAUUUCCUCAGCAACAGGACCUGGAACUUUAUCACCACGUGCAUCAACUCUCGCACGAGGCGAUUCUCCAACAUUAAGGAUAUCUGCGCUCACCACUACUUUGCCGAGGUCGACUGGGAGACUCUCCGCCAGACUCGUGCGCCAUUUGUUCCUGAGCUGGACUCGGAGACGGAUGCCGGCUACUUUGAUGACUUUACCAACGAGGCGGACAUGGCCAAGUACAAGGAGGUGCACGAGAAGCAGCAAGCUCUCGAAACCAUGGCUGAACGCGAAGACCAAAUGAGCAAGAGUCUCUUUGUUGGUUUUACUUUCAGACACCGCAAGCCUGCCGGAGAAGACGGCAGCAGCCCUCGAAAGCGUAUCCCCACGGACGAUACGUUCGGGACAAUGCUCUAG